GACCGUUAGGUGGCAGCGCAGACACCCGCACUGUAAAUCACAUAGUGGUAAUGAAGACAAGUGCUCCCAGCCGGGAGGAAGGAUUUGGGAAGGGUAGUGGAAUGGGACACACCUCUCUGUGACGUCACAAUCCAGGCAUGCCACAUUCCCCUCGUAUUGUGAUCAGACUGGGAGACACGGACCCGGCUGGGAAACUGUCAAAAGUUUUGCAAGGACUAUGGUGCGGGACUAGAAAGAGCUGUCACUGUGGAUUUACCUUCCGAUCUCCAGGGGACUGUCAUAUGUAAUGCUUUGUCACCUGGGGGACUCACAGCCCUUCUGGAUUUUUUGAGGUUUAUUUGGGGAGAAUUGGAACAAGGAAAGAUCUCCCCCAAAAAUCUUGGGGUUCCUACUGACUUCUCUGUGAUAACCUGAUAUCAGGAUGAAGAUACUUGGUCCGGUGUGGGGACACCUAGGAGCGUCCUUACUCCACUUCACCUUCUUUCUGUUCCUCACUUGUGACGCCCAAGAAGACAGAAUAGUUUGUUUGGGAAAUGACAACAAGUUGACACAGAUUGCUACCGCGGAAGAUCACUACAACUUUAUGAAGAGAAUGUACAAUGGAUGUCAGGUGGUGCUUGGAAAUCUGGAAAUCACCCACUUAAAACGAAAUCAUGACAUGUCUUUUCUCCAGGAUAUACAAGAAGUGGGAGGAUAUGUUCUUAUUGCUGUAAAUGCUGUUAGGAGCAUUCCAUUGGUCAACCUUAGAAUUAUCCGAGGUAACAAUUUGCAUAAGGGAUCUGCACUCUCCAUCGUUUCGAACUUCCAGGAUAAGAAUGCAAACAUUGGUUUGGAGAAUCUGCCUAUGAGAAAUUUACAAGAAAUUCUUCAUGGCGGAGUUACCAUAAGAAAUAAUCCAGUGCUUUGCAACCUCGAUUCCAUUAUGUGGGAGGACAUUGUUCACGCAGACCAUGCUAUUGUUGUGGAAAAGAGUACCCGCUCAAACUGCCCUCCAUGUGAUGAAGAAGCUUGUAAUGGAACAUGCUGGGGCCCCGAUCCAGAGGAUUGUCAAAUACGUACAAAACUCAAUUGUGCCCAGCAGUGCUCUGGACGGUGCCGGGGACCAAUGCCCAGUGACUGCUGUCAUCGCCAGUGUGCAGCCGGUUGUAAAGGUCCUAAAGAAACAGACUGCCUGGCUUGCCGUCGGUUUCGUGAUGGUGAGACAUGCACAGAAAACUGUCCCCCACUGCAUUUGUACAAUCCCAAUACAUAUGUAGUAGACCGUAACCCUAUUGGGAAAUACACUUUUGGUGCCUCAUGUGUGAAACAGUGUCCACACAAUUACAUAGUGACAGACCAUGGAUCUUGUGUUCGGACUUGCAGUCAAGGGUCAUAUGAGGUGGAAGAACUAGGCAUUCGCAGCUGUAAAAGGUGUGAUGGGCCAUGUACACAAGAAAAAAAUUGUGAUGGUAUUGGAUUUGGGACUUUAGAAGGUGUUUUAUCCAUAAAUGCAACAAACAUUGGUUUUUUUGAAAACUGUACAAAAGUAACUGGAAGUAUAAACAUCCUGGCGCUUGCUGGCACUGGUGAUCCUUAUACCAACACAACAAAAAUGGAGCCUGAAAAAUUGCACCAUCUUAAAUCAAUUCGAGAAAUAUCAGGUUUUUUAAUGAUACAGUGGUGGCCGGAAAACUUCACUGAUCUGAGUAUUUUUGAAAAUCUUGAAAUAAUCAGAGGCAGAACUAAACAACAUGGAAGAUAUUCACUUGGUAUAAUAGGUCUAAAGGUACCAUAUUUGGGAUUCCGAUCUCUCAAGGAAGUGAGUGAUGGCGACAUUAUCUUUAAAAAUAAUAAAGAUCUCUGCUAUCUUGAUACAAUGAACUGGACAAGUUUAAUUAGAACGAAGCAAGGACAAAUAAUCAAGGACAAUAGAAAACAUGAGGAAUGUGUUGCUGAUAACAAGACCUGUGAUCCUUUAUGUUCUAAUGGUUGUUGGGGACCUGGACCCUCGCUGUGUCUUUCCUGUCAGUCAUUUAAGCGUGGAAAAGAAUGUGUAGCAUCCUGCAAUAUUCUUUCAGGUGAGCCAAGAGAAUAUACUGAAAAUGGUGAAAAAUGUUUUUCAUGCCACGCAGAAUGUCUGCCGAUGAACAAUUCAGUUACCUGCAUUGGACCAGAUGCAAAUCAAUGUACAAAAUGCGCUCAUUACAUCGAUGAUGAAAACUGUGUGAAAAGCUGCAUGCCUGCCUAUUAUGGCGAGAGUAGUAUCCUAUAUCCCAAGUAUCCGGAUGAAGCUGGAGUUUGUCAGUUCUGUAGCUUAGAAUGCAAGACAGGGUGUACCGGUCCUGGCAUUGAAGGCUGUAAACCCCCUGGAUCCAAUGUGGCGUACAUCGCAGCUGGCGUUGUUGGAGGCAUCCUUGCCGCUGUUGUUAUGGGACUGGUUGCAUUUUUCUUUGUUCGAAGAAACCGUAUUAACAGAAAGCGCACUCUUCGUAGGCUGCUGCAGGAAAGAGAGCUAGUGGAACCUAUUACACCAAGUGGUGAAGCACCGAACCAAGCACUUCUUCGAAUCUUGAAAGAAACUGAAUUCAAGAAGAUAAAGGUUCUUGGGUCAGGUGCAUUUGGUACUGUAUAUCAGGGUAUUUGGACACCAGAAGGUGAAGGCAUAAAAAUCCCAGUAGCUAUCAAAGAGUUACGUGAGGCCACAUCACCUAAAGCCAACAAGGAAAUUUUAGAUGAAGCGUAUGUUAUGGCCAGUGUGGAUAAUCCUCAUGUGUGCCGUUUGCUGGGAAUUUGCCUAACCUCCACUGUCCAGCUGAUCACCCAGCUUAUGCCGUAUGGCUGCCUUCUUGACUAUGUCCGUGAACAUAAAGACAAUAUUGGCUCAAGACAUCUUCUCAACUGGUGUGUGCAAAUUGCCAAGGGAAUGAAUUAUCUUGAAGAACGGCGAUUAGUCCAUAGAGAUUUGGCUGCACGGAAUGUUCUUGUUAAAGCACCUCAGCAUGUCAAGAUUACAGAUUUUGGCUUGGCCAAGCUUUUAGGGGCAGAUGAAAAGGAAUAUCAUGCAGAAGGUGGAAAGGUUCCAAUUAAAUGGAUGGCAUUGGAGUCAAUUUUGCAUAGAAUAUAUACCCAUCAAAGUGACGUAUGGAGCUAUGGUGUUACAGUAUGGGAACUUAUGACUUUUGGGUCUAAACCAUAUGAUGGAAUUCCAGCCAGUGAAAUUUCAACAAUUCUAGAAAAAGGAGAGCGCCUUCCUCAGCCUCCCAUAUGCACUAUUGAUGUGUACAUGAUUAUGGUGAAAUGUUGGAUGAUUGAUGCUGAAAGUCGUCCAAAAUUCCGUGAGUUGAGUGCAGAAUUUAGUAAGAUGGCUCGUGACCCAACACGCUACCUUGUAAUACAGGGAGACGAUCGGAUGAAUUUACCCAGUCCCCCAGUGUCGAAGAUUCACCAGACUUUGGAUGAUGAAAUGGGAGAUAUUGUUGAUGCUGAUGAAUAUCUGAUACCACAUCAAGGAUUUUUUACAAGCCCUUCAACAUCUCGAACACCACUUCUGAGUACAAUGAGUUCCACAAGCAACAAUUCACCCAUCGUAUGCAUUACUCGAAAUGGGGGUCCACCUAACAGAGAAGACAGCUUUAUCCAGAGAUACAGCACUGAUCCUACAGUUAUUCUAAAUGACAGCCUCGAUGAAGAAUUCCAUCCUGUUCCAGAAUAUGUCAAUCAGGCACAUUCAAAACCACAGAUCUCAACGAUUGCUAAUCCAGUUUACCACAAUCUCCUCUCUGAGAAUACAAAGCCUCAAAAUGGCACUCAUAAGAAUUCCAAUGGGAAUGGUGUGAACAAUCCGGAAUACCUGAACUCGGGUCAGACCUUUAUAAACCACUCUGAAAAUGACUAUCCCGCCAUCUGGGAGCAAAAAGUUGGCCAGCAAAUAAGCCUGGACAAUCCUGACUACCAACAGGACUUUUUCCCAAAAGAAACACAAAAGAAAAUCAAUGGAUUUAAGAUCCCUGCGGCAGAAAAUCGUGAAUAUUUGGCAUUGGCACCAACAAGUGACUAUAUUGAAGCUUCAGCAUGACCAUAAGUUGAUUCAAACAUUCCUGACACUUUGCCUAUUGGGGCGCAUAAGUUGUCACAGGACACUUGCGGAUGAUGGACCGUAAUGAAAUGAGUGCACGUUGCAGUACUUGGGCACUUACACUUGUACUUUGAAAUAUUUUGGAAUCUAUAGUCCCCAGUGACUCAUCCUCAAUGUUUCUCCUUUGUUUUGUUCCGAAAGACAAAGCCUCUUACACUUUUAUAUAUAAAUAUAUAUUGAGAGAUUUUUUUUUUUUUAUGCAAGAAAUACUUUUUAAUUCCUGUGUUUUUAUAAUGUGUACAGAUAUCCCGGCACCUUUUUGUUUUAUGUGUUUUGUCCAAGUUGAAUAGUAUUUGUGCAUAAAAGUCAGUAUACAGAUUAUGCCAUUUUAAGCAUGAAAUCUUAGUGUAUAAAUCUUAUUUUAAUAUUUAGCAGUCUUUUCUCGGGAAAGGAGAGGCUACAUUCAUACUUAAUCAGAACUAGUUAUUUUCCAAUGACAUUUCAUAUGUCUGGGUUUUGGAGCUGACUCAUUGGAUAAUAUGUAUAUAUUGGAAUAUUAUAAUUGUUUAAAAUGUAAUGUAUGCCAUUGAAUUGCACAGUGAUAUACAAACAUAGCAAACCUCAUUAUCAUAUAUAAGGCAAUGCAUGAACGAUUUACCAUUGGUUGAGUACAAUAUGCUAAUUGGCAGUAAAGGUUACAUGGUCAGUGGUGUAUAUACCACAUUUGCAGAUAGAUGGCCUGCUACCACCUUAAAAUGCAGAUAUCACUGCUGCCUGCUAAGUAUUACAGAGACAUAACUUGAAAUAUAUCUGCCCAAAUUAAAAAUGAUAAGGCCAUCUUCCAUGGAACAUGUAUUAUUUAUAAUAUUUCAGGCACCAAGGACCAGUUUGCUACCUCUGUAACUACACCCCUAGUGCUAUGUUUUGUUUUGUUUUCCCUAGAAACAACGCCACUCCAUGGGUGUUGUCUGGUAUUGCAGUUCACUCCAUUCAAUUAAAUGGGGCUGAGCUGGAAAACGAGAUGUAGCCCAUGGAAAAACUUGGUGCUGUUGCAAGAAUCCCAUAUGAUUUGAUACAAACUAUUGGCAUUGCAUUUUAGCAACCCUAUGAUAAAUUUGCUCCCUUGGGGGAAAGCUACAAGAGAGGUACUCAGAGACAAGCACCUCACUCUGAACAGGUUAGUUCUUUGGGCUCAUGUGGUUUUCUAGCACAGGUGCUCUCUGUUGUCAGGGUCCUUUAAGAUUAUGCUACUUUCAUGUGCUGGUAUUCCUUAAACGAAUAAUCAAUUAUUAUACAAAAGAGUGUAGAAAAGUAGAAAGGGUUGUGUUAAGCAGUUGCUCCAUUUUCCUUUUGUCUGCAGAGACUAUGAAAUUGCAUAAAUGUUCGGUGUGGCUUGUAACACUAGUGGGCUAUGGGCACCAUUGGCAGUAUGCCUACAGGCUUGACUGCGGCCUUGGCUAGAGGCACUGGAAUGUGAUUCAGGAGCUGCUUAUAUUCUAAGGUUUCCUCCAAGUCAGUGUCAAUACUGUAGCAUAUACUGUAUUGCCCUAUUGAUUUCCAGGAGUAUUGCUGGUUCUUCCUUCUGUGGUUUAUGUAUUAUGGCUUAUCCAUUACUUUAUCAUGAUCCAGCCAUAUGUCUUUACAUUCCUUUUUUUAAUAAAACUUUACCUUUUAUGUCACUAAAUCUCCAUAAUGUCUAUUCACUAGUACUCAUAAGUAUACCAGCAGCUUAUAAAUCAGAGUUGUGUAAAAUGGUGUUUAAGUAGACUAGUGACUAAAUUGUAUUAGAAUAAAAAGAAUGUCAUGUAAUGUGAUCCUCAGUUCUCUGAAAAUUUUAAAAUCAGUUAAAAUGCAGCACUACUUUUACAUAACAAUCGUGUUUUCUACAAUUGAUUUGUUAGAGAGUUACUGUCAAUAGUAAGAAAAUUUAAAAAAAUGCUUUUAUCAGUGUAGUAAUGUGCCCUAAGACCUGUAUGCAUAAUAAUAUGCAUGUGUUAAUAUGUAAAAUACCUUUUGAUCUAUGUAUUACUGUGAUGAAUCUUUUUGAAUUUCUCUGAGAUGCUAGGGGCAUUUCCCUGGAGUAAGAUGAGCUCCUCCUCCUCCUCUCCUUACAUUUGCAAAGUUUUCUGCCUAAAUGCAUGCUCUCUCUAAGUCUAAUGCAGCCAUGGAAACGAUAUGGUGCAAGGACAGAAGAGAAACCUGCAUUUUGUGCCAUAAAAAGAAACAUUUUUACACUUUCACAGCUUUGUGACCAAAGAGCAUGUUUUUAUAACCCUAAAGCAGCCAAGUGGAAUCUAUAUGGUGCAAAUACACAAGAAAUAAGUUCAUAAAAUGACAAAGAGAAACAAUUUUGCAUAUAAAUAAUAAUUUAGUACCUUGUAUUGCUUGUCAGUGUCUUUAAGGUGUCUG